AUGCACUGGUUGGCAGCAUUAGACAGCGCCGCAGAGCGGUUUGAUGGCGGUCGUUGGAGCUUUCCUCUGGCCAGCAAAGCUGACUUCGUUCGCAACUACGCGUACGAGCCGCCGAAUGAGGACUACGAGAAGCUCUUCUUCUGCCGAGCGACCAUCUCACGCUCGCAGCGUGAUCCAGGUGCUCGUCCGCACAGCGCAGGAUGGCUGAUCCCCACCCGUGACGAUGCCAGCGUCUGCAAGCCCGUCUUCAUUGCCCACUCCGUCUUGUCAGCGAUCUGGCUUCUGCGCGAGACGCUCGCCGACGACGUCCUGCCUGACAAUAUCUGGGAUCGUCUGGUCUGCGCGGCCGAGUCGCUUGCGGAGGACGGGAUGGAAGAGCCGCCGUCUGCGCAGAAGCCCUUUGCUUCCCCUUCACAACAGGCCUCUGCUCCACCCCUGCAACAAAAGAAGCGGCCACACCUAUCUGCGCCGGCCCCUACACCAAAGCGCGCUCGAACAACCACCAAUGAGACACAUCCAGCCAGCCCUUAG